AUGAUGGAAGAUUUGGUACAAUUAAUUUAUCUCAUAUACAAUCCAUGUUAUGCAUUUUCUGAAGAACCUACAUGUAUUAAUGUAGCUAUAUGUCAAACAGCCAAGGAUGAAUCAGCUUCUUAUAUUCUUGCUUACAAUUCUAUUGUAACAUGGUCAAUAAGUAUAGAUGGAAAAGUUACACUAGUCUAUGCUACAACUGAACGACAAUCAAUUGUUAAUCUUGUUUGUUCAGAAGAAAUUGAUCAACUUAUUAUUAAUGAAGAAUAUGAACGAAAUCAUUAUAAUUUUACUUUAACUAGUAAAUGUGCUUGUUGGGUUAAAUGUUAA